GGGCCAAUUCAUAAAAAAUUCCCCAUCCAACGCGGCGGCACAAACCCUCCCCUCUCCGCGAGCUGCGAAGGCGAGAGCAGAGAGCGCAGCGCAGCGCGCGGAGACACCUGGAACCCCGAUCAAGCGAGGAUCGGCGGCCGCUCGUCUCGUCUCCGGCGGAGGGGCCCCUCGUCCUCGACGACGGCGAACGCGCCGGCCGCCGCCAUGUCGAAGAAGAAGGCGGCCACGACGAUGACGCUCAAGGACUUCCACGGCGGCUCCAUCCCCUCCGAGCUCCCCCUCCCCUCCGCCCCCGGCGUCUCCGCGCGCCCGGCGGACCGCCCCCUGUCCUCCCAGUCCGCCGCUCCCGUCGCGUCCGGUCGCCCACGCGCCCCGGCCUCCGCCGCUGCCGCAGCUGUGGCGGCCGCGGCCGCGGUCCCGUCGUUCCUCACCAACCCUUCCCGCAUCGGCCGCCACUUCGACGAGGACGAGCGCACGCCCUUCGAGGCCACCACGCCGCGCCGCCCAGCGCCGUCUCCCCCGUCUUUCGCCCCGUCCCCGGCGGCCGUGGGGCCCACCAGAUCCGGGCCCGGGAACGCCUGGGGGCCGAGGAAGGAGGUUGCUCCGGCCGCGGCGCCUUUGGGUUCCCCUGUUGCCGCCGGCGGCGGCCAGAUCUGGUCGGCGGCGCGCAUGGCGCAGGCCAGCGCUGUGGAGAAGGUGAUCUCCGGGAGGUGGCACUCGUCAAAACCCUCGUCUCCACCGGCCCCUGUGUCGAUCCCAGUGGUGGAGACUCAUGUUGCACCACCGGAGAUGGAAAGGCCCAAGUCAGUUGGGGUGAGAGAGCUGGAUGGUGGCAUGGAGAGGGGCGUGGCACCAGUGAGGCCUGCGUCGCAUGAAGGCAGAGUUGGGGAGGCUAGAGACGUAGAGGUGCCAGAGAGACCUAGGGCCAGUGAUGUGCCAGAGAGGCCCAGGGUUGGUGAUGUGCCCGAGAGACCUAAGUUGAAGCUGCUUCCUCGCUCCAAGCCAGUCGAUGCUACAGAACCGUCUCCUGUCUAUGUUGAAGAGAAGCAGGUGCAUCAGGUUCCAGUGGUUGCGAAUGCUGUGCUGGGUGAGGUUACUCAUGAUGUGCACCAGAAUAUGCUAGCAGGUAAAACAGUAGUAGUAGUGGCAGAUGCUGAGAGUCGAGCAGUGGAGCGACCACGAUUGAAUCUCAAACCUCGCUCCAGUGCGGUGGGACAGUCUGACGAAAGUGCUCCAAAGGAAAGGCAAUCCCUCUUUGGUGGAGCUCGGCCCCGGGAACAGGUUCUCAGAGAACGUGGAAUAGAUGCUUUAGCAAAUGACCUUGAGAAGACAUCUCCAAUUGGCAGGUCUAAAAAUGAAUUUGCAAAGGUUGAGCAGAAGGUCGAAGCUAUGUCCAUUAACCCUUCAGGUGAAAAGGCUGAGAGUUUUCCAACUGGCUCUAGAGGCCCAAGGAAUGCUGAUAAGAAAGACUACAGGAGGGAUACAGAUCGGACUGAUGUGUAUAGGUCUACACGAAGGGAGGACAACAGGAGAGUUGCUAGAGAUGUGGAGAAGCCUGAACCACCACGCCCAGAGCCUGAAACCUGGCGUAAGCCAGUGGAGCCACCAAAGCCUGAGGUUACUGCACCUCGCUUUGGGAAAGGAGCGUCUGCAAUGGAGCUUGCCCAAGCCUUCUCGAAGUCCAUGUCUGAUACAGUGCCUCAGAGUCGCCUGACAAGUGUUCCUAGUCCUAAAGUGCCUCCGAGCCCAGGGACCAGGGAUCAAGUUGGCUUCUCAAGGCUCACUGACAACAGGGCAUUACACUCAAGCACUUCACAGCGAAAGAUUAACGGUUACUAACCUUAUCGCACAUGUACGCUGUGUUCCCAUGAUGGCACGGUUCAAAUACCAUGGCCUCGCCGAAGCACACUGGUUUAUCUUCAUGUUUGAUUCCUCCAGCAUGGGAAAAAAAAAUUCAAUUGUUGAUCUCUGGAUGGUGACACACGAGGGGUGCUGAUCUCGUUUAGCAAACAAAGGUUCCUCUCAUAACUUGGUGGCCCAUUUCCUCUCUUGAUAACAAGAGAUGAGAACUCAUGAACUAUUUGUGCUUCUAUUCUUCAGCCUGCUACCUGUGAUUUUAGCUGGGGAAUAAUUGCUACAUCUCUGCUGCUAGUUGGAUGUGCCACAUAUUCUGGUGUGAUUGUUUUAAGAUGUUGCCAGAUCAGUGCUACGCCUA